AUGGCUAAGGUGGCUACUGCGGUUGAUGUCAAUCAAGGAAUCACUGACCAAAAAACGGCCAAAAUUCGAAACUACAGCACAAAUCCACGUUUAACGUAUAAGACUGUGACUGGUGUAAAUGGUCCUCUGGUUAUUCUUGGUGAUGUGAAAUUCCCUCAGUAUGCCGAAAUCGUAAAACUAACUCUACCAGACGGAACCAAACGUUCGGGACAAGUGCUUGAAAUCACACGCAACAAAGCCGUAGUGCAGGUAUUCGAAGGUACGGCUGGUAUUGAUGCAAAGAAUACGAUAUGCGAGUUCACUGGUGAUAUUUUGCGUACACCUGUUUCUGAGGAUAUGCUUGGACGAAUUUUCAAUGGUUCUGGAAAACCUAUUGAUAAGGUACCAUUUGCUUGUUUUUUGGUUCUUCUCGAGGGUCCACCAGUGUUGGCUGAAGACUUCUUGGAUAUUAACGGUCAACCAAUUAAUCCGUGGUCACGUAUUUAUCCCGAAGAGAUGAUCCAAACAGGAAUAUCUGCCAUCGAUGUAAUGAACUCCAUUGCUCGUGGACAAAAAAUUCCCAUAUUCUCAGCUGCUGGUUUACCGCAUAACGAAAUUGCGGCUCAAAUUGUGCGUCAAGGUGGUUUGGUGAAAUUACCGGAUCGUCCACAUGACGGUAAAGAAGAUAAUUUUGCCAUAGUAUUCGCUGCUAUGGGUGUGAAUAUGGAAACUGCUCGUUUCUUCAAGCAAGAUUUCGAAGAGAAUGGUUCAAUGGAGAACGUUUGUCUCUUCCUUAACUUGGCCAACGAUCCAACGAUUGAGCGUAUUAUCACUCCACGUUUGGCAUUAACAGCCGCUGAAUUUUUGGCUUAUCAAUGUGAGAAGCACGUAUUGGUCGUCUUAACUGAUAUGUCUUCAUAUGCCGAAGCACUUCGUGAGGUAUCUGCAGCACGCGAAGAGGUGCCUGGCCGUCGUGGUUUCCCAGGUUACAUGUACACCGAUUUGGCCACAAUCUACGAGCGUGCAGGUCGUGUUGAAGGACGUAAUGGUUCAAUUACACAAAUUCCAAUUUUGUCCAUGCCUAACGAUGAUAUUACACAUCCAAUUCCCGAUUUGACUGGUUACAUCACAGAAGGUCAGAUCUACGUGGAUCGACAGCUGCAUAAUCGACAAAUCUAUCCACCAAUCAAUGUGCUACCAUCUCUGUCACGUCUUAUGAAAUCUGCAAUUGGUGCAGGAAUGACACGUGAGGAUCAUGCAGAUGUGUCGAAUCAAUUAUAUGCAUGUUACGCGAUCGGUAAGGACGUGCAAGCGAUGAAGGCUGUUGUCGGUGAAGAGGCGUUAUCUUCUGACGAUUUACUUUAUCUCGAGUUCUUGACCAAAUUCGAGAAGAACUUCAUCUCACAAGGUAACUACGAGAAUCGAACCGUUUUCGAGUCGUUGGAUAUCGGCUGGCAACUAUUACGAAUCUUUCCGCGUGAAAUGUUGAAACGUAUUCCGGCGACAAUUCUCGAUAAGUAUUAUCCAAGAGGUGGAGCAACAGGUCAAACAGCCGCAGCCGGAGGGAUACUGUUGAUUGAAAAUGAUCAUGAAUAUGCGAUAUCUGCGUUUCAAGCAGCUGUUCAUAUGAUCAAUCGCUAUCCUUAUGAUGGUAGGACGAUGCCAUUUUCUGAGGACAUCAUGAACUGCUCAAUUGAACAGGCUAGUAUUAUAUACGUUCAAUCUGCACAACCUUACUUGCUGGCCGAAAAAUCACGUGAAAUUGCGAAAUCGGGUAUCGGCGUCCUUAUCGGACCACCAAAUGUGGACGCCUCAGAAGUGAUCGAAGGAAUUUGUGCUGAAUUGGGAAUUAUAUUCUUGAAGUAUUUUUGGUAUACGCAGCCGUGUGAUACUUCGUCGUUUACUUCUUCAUUAACAAAUGCACCAAAACGAUCAACAUCGUUAAAUCUAUUUCCAGUUAACGAGUAUAUGCAUUUAUUAGAGAAUCUUUUAGAAUACUGGCAAUGGGAACGAGUCGUACUCGUAUAUGCGAAAUCAGAAAGUUGUGUUGUUAUUGGUUAUAUCAUCGUUAUUGUUGUUUAUUUUGCUAUAAGAGCCGGUAAAAUGUUACGUGUGAUAUGCGAUCAAAGCAAUUGUUGGCAAAAAAUUAAUCGUUUAUUAAUUGAUAUGUCUAUGAUAAACACACAUCGUUUCAUGCAAGCUGCUUUGAUGCUUGGCAUGAUUAAUCUGAGAAACUGGUAUCUUAUCACAUCACUCGAUACAAUCGAUGACAAUAUGCAAUCAUAUUCGCAUAAUAUGAUGCGUAUUGGUUUAGCAACAAUAUGGAACGAAGAAUCGACGUUGAACUUAUUGAAUGAACAAACUCAACUGCAUUUCUAUUAUGAACGUUUCGUGAAUUUAUCAAGACUAUCCAAAUCCAUUCAUAAACUUACUCCAUAUGUGAUUAAACAGGGCCUAACUGGUCCGAUACGUUUCGAUGUAGCCAAUCGUCGUGUAGAUUCCAAAAUUUUCGUUUGGGAACUCGGCAUUGACGGUGUUCCAGUUAAUACUGGAACGUGGCAAUCAGAUGCCGCAAACGCUCAACGACAGUUGUCGAUGCACGAUAAAGAGCUACCAAAUACGCAUGAACAUCAGCGCAUUCUGCGAGUAACCUCGAUAAUGGAACGUCCCUACGUGAUGCCGAAACGAACGGUGAAUGGUGUUGUUGAGUAUGAGGGUUUUUGUGUGGAUCUAUUGGAUAAGUUGGCCGAAUAUUUAAAUUUUGAAUAUAGUUUAUAUAUAGUCCCAGAUGGUCAAUAUGGUGAACGAAUCAAUGGCAGCGAUGAAUGGACAGAUAGAUUUCAGAGUGCCGAUAUGGCUGUGGCACCGAUCACCGUGACUGCAAGUCGCCUAGAGGUGGUGGACUUUACUGAUCCGUUCUUGCAAUUGGGCAUUUCGAUGCUGAUGCGACAGCCAGAUCGUGCCACAACCUCAUCGUUGACGUCGUUCUUGUGGCCAUUAAGUGGUUCGGUUUGGAUGUAUUCAGCAUUUGCAACCAUUGGAACUGCACUCUCUGUUAUUAUCGUCUCACUGUUGAGUCCAGCUGAAUCUGCUCAUGAAUUCAAUAUCAUGAAUAGUGCUUGGUAUUUGGUUUGCAUUUUGCUACGGGCUGGAUCUGGUUAUAACUGUGAAUCAAUUUCGAAUCGUUUGAUUAGCACCGUAUGGUGGUCUUUCACACUUGUUUUAAUUGCUCAAUAUACGGCCAACUUCGCAGCUGUGCUAACCGUUAAUCGAAAAUCAAUGCCAUUCAACUCUUUCGAAGAAUUAGGCAAUCAAACAGAAUAUACGUUUGGCUCAAUUCUGGGUGGUUCAACGAUGCAGUUCUUUAAAUAUUCCCGUUUGGAGACAUUUCAACGUAUUUGGACGCGAAUGCAAAAUAUAACACCAUCAGUGUAUGUACUUUUGAUGGAAUCUGCUUCAUUGGAAUAUCAGCUAACGCAAAAUUGUAAUUUAACGCGUGUCGGAACGGUCGUACUUGGCUCUAAUGGAUAUAGUGUCGCACUACCAAAAGGCUCAAGAUGGCGUGAAAAGUUAACGCGUCAGAUAUUGGAUUUCCAUGAAAAAGGUAUUGUUAUGAUGUUAAAGAACAUGUGGUGGAAGAAGGCACCUCAAAUGGAAGAAUGUGAUGAGCCGGUCGAGGAGCGUAGUUCGUUGGGCAUGGAGAAGGUAUCUGGUCUUUUCGUUUUGCUUGGAUUCGGUCUGUGUGUCGCAUUUUUUGCGGCCGUUUGCGAAAAAAUAGUCUUCACGAUCAGUUUGGUGCGUUCGGUUCGACGUAAUCAACACAGCCAACAACAGCAACAACAAAAACGUCAACAAUCUAUCCUCAAGUCAACCUGA